CUAUCUGUUUGAGAAUGAACAUUAUACACUGAUUUCUUCCAGCUCCUGGACCAGUAGCAGGUUUUCAUGCUACUCCAUUAGGCUCAAGUGCUCUUCACUUGAACUGGAAGCAACCUCUGGAGCCAAAUGGUAUUUUGACUGGAUAUCGAAUUUACUAUGAAAAAGUUCAAGGGACACAAUUGGAGGCUAAAAUGGAGCGACCUCCCGUCACUGAUCCAGACGAGACUGAGGCUAAGCUAGCACCAUUACAACCAGAUACUAAAUAUCGUAUCACCAUUAGAGCUAUGACAAGUAAAGGUCAAGGAGAGCCUUACUAUAUUGAAGCCACCACUGAUGAAGAGCCAGAAACUGCACCCGAUGUUCCUGAAUUAAUAUGGUCUCAACUUCCCAAUGAAGAAGGAAAGGCAGGAAUUGAAGUGACGUGGAUUCCAGUAGUUGAUGGCAACCCUGGAAGUCACUUUUUUGUGCAGUAUAGACAUAAAGGUGAGAAUCAGUGGGAGAGUACAGGUAUGGAAGAAACUCAAGAUGUGCUAGUCAUUAGGGGACUUGAGCAGAACAGGUUAUAUGAAAUCAGAGUUAUUACUGUAGAUGGACACUUACAAACUGCUAGUAAUGUAGAAGAAGUCAAGAUAGUGGAUUUAGCUGUAGAAUCAUCAUCAUCAGACAUUGUAAGUACUAGUGCUUGGUUUAUUGGGAUGAUGUGUGCAUUAGCACUUUUGUUCCUGAUUUUUUUUCUUGUGUGUCUGGUUAAACGGAAUCGAGGAGGAAAGUACUUUGUACGUGAGAAACAGGCUGCCCACGGCCGUGAUCUGGACUAUCCAGAUGAUGGUGGUUUCAACGAGUAUGGCAGAUCGAAUCGGAAUCCACAGGCUCCUGAUCCAACUUCCGUUAAUAGCAGUUUGAAGGGUCCAGAGAGUGAAACAGACAGCAUGGGUGACUUUGGAGAGGGAGAAGCUGGUCAGUUUGCAGAAGAUGGGUCAUUUAUUGGCCAGUAUAGUGCCAAAAAGAAGAAAUCUGAAGAAACAACUGCACCUUCUGCUUUAGCCACCUUUGUGUAAAGUGUAGUGAUUUCAUUAAGUAUGAGUGGCUUGAUGAACAAAUGUAACAUUCAGCCAAGUUAGUUGUGAGGGUGUAGUAGAACUAAGAUUUUGAUAUCGUUGAAGGUCCACGAGCAGUACAUUAGUGUUUCACUCACCGUUUUUAUUGGUUGUGGUCUAGAGGUGUAUCAUAUAAUACGCAUAUAUAUGGUUCUUAUAUUUUAAUAUUUUUAUAUAGAAAAUGAGGCUGUACAAGACGUAUAUCCAUUUUACUCUUUUUAAAGUGUUUACAUAACAGCACUCUAGUAUCAAAUGUAAAUUCUCUACAUUUGAAAUUGUGCAGAAUUUGUUUUUGUGUAACGUUUUACAUAAAUAUAUGAAAAAAUGCUGACUGCCAUUGUUAAGCAGUGUUAAUCUUGUAUUCAAAGGUAUCUCAAUCCAAGUGUGUUUAUUUUUGUACUUAUUCAUGGUUUGAAAGAAUCCAAAUUAUUGCUGUGAAUCUCAUUCGAUUUGUACAAAUAUUAUUAACAGAUCUCAACUUUCUAUUACAGUAAUAAUUCCACAAUUAAAUGUUCAUUGAUAAAAAAAAAACAGUUAUCCUUUUUCAUCUUGAUGUGAUUUAUUGUUUUUUCGAAGAUUUAUUCUAUUAAAAGAAAUGGGUCAAACCCUAGAAAAAAACGUAGGUAUGCAGUAAGUUUGACCUAGCUUCAUUUUCAGUCUGGAGGUCACAGGGUCAAAUCCUGUCACUGAAUAGCUUUGGAGGGCAUUAUAACACAACUGUCAGUCCCACUAUUCAUUACUAAAAAAAAAAGUAGUCCACAAGUUGGGUAUGGGUGGUGUUGACUAGCUGUCUUCUCUCUAUCACUUCAAUAGCUUUGUAUGAAACACCAUAAGAUUAGUUUGUGCUAAAACCUAACACCUGUGUAGUUUUCCUGAAAAACACUCAUUGUGAUAUUUAAGUAGGGUUAAUCUUGUGACUGUUGCAAGAAUAUUCAAAAGAUGAUUCAUUUUCAGUAUUAUACGACAUGAUUAACAAGACUUAAUUUGUCUAAUACCAGAGAAAUCUCAGAUUACCAGUCCUAUGUAUUCCAAACCUUGGACUACACCAGUCCAAUGGGCAAUAAACCACAAGCUCGGAUCA